AAUGGGAAAGUCAACGCGCGUGUCAUAGUAUCCGUCAGCGGACAUCUCCUUGCCAAUCUAGACGUUUGGCGAAGCGCUCAAGGCGAAGUCCGAGCAAGUUGGACAGCCAUGCGCCCUGAACAAAACUACAUGGGCGCAUAUAUGCAAAGAAAAUGCAAUCAAAAUAGCCUGGCGGUUGCAAGAUGUUGUUAGGAGAGUCUCACCUUUGAAGGACAACAGAGCCUACAGAUGAAAUAAACGCACAUGAUUGGAGGAUGACCUGGGCGCUAACCGUUUUGGAUCAAAAUGGGCGGCUCUGGGGGAGUCGGUGGUUAAUGGUCCCUUCGCUCCCGAUCAUCACGAAUUUUGGGAAUCAAGAGGAAAGUGGUCGACCGCCGAACAAUCCACUUGAUUCCGGUCCAAUUGAGUCCCAAUCAAUAUGUUAUUACAACGUCUCACAAGGGCAACCCCCCGGGCCCUGAAUCCUUCAAUUCAGAGACCCAUCAUCUCGUCGUCCGCGCCUCAGUGUCGGCGGAUCCAUCAUGUCCCGCCAUUGACUCACGAUGCCUCCUUCAAGACGGAGGGCGUGCCGAGUCUUUUCUCGGCCGAAGGUUUCGAUCUCGCCUGGACCCAGUAUCAGCGCCUGAUGGUCGAGAAGCUGAACUUGUUGACUGGCGGCACCCCUGAUGAGAAUGCGACGACGAAAACCCUUCUCCUCACCUACGCCCGCCAGUCCGAUAUGGCCUCGCUGUUUAACCAUGCAUCCAUGGCCCAUAACAAUCACUUCUUUUUCAACUGCCUUGUACGUCUCAUCAUUCAUAUCUCUCCCAAGUCAACUAUCAUUCCCAAACCCUUCGCCGAUAAGUUGGCGGAAGAUUUCUCCUCCGUCGAGACUUUCCGCCAAGAGUUCAUUGCCACAGCAAAUGCCAUGUUCGGUCCCGGAUUUGUCUGGUUGGUGAAGACCGAGGAUCAUCAACUCCGCAUUCUAACGACCUAUCUCGCGGGUUCGCCCUAUCCGGGAGCACACUGGCGGCGGCAACCCGUCGACAUGACGAAUCAGUCAAUAGAAAGUGCCGGUGGACUGAGCGGUGCUGAUUACGCAAGACAGACCACCGUACAGAAUAAGGUUGGCAAGAUUGGCUCCGCCAGUGGACAGCCACGCGAACCUGCGCCGGGUGGUAUUAACCUUACCCCGCUGCUUUGCGUAAACACGUGGGAACACGUCUGGCUCCGGGACUGGGGUAUUGGAGGAAAGCGUGCCUUCUUGGAGGCGUGGUGGGAUAAGAUUGACUGGGAAGUUGUGUACAACAACUCGGAUACCAUGAAGGGCCGAAAGGUCGGCCUGUUAUGA